GAGUAAAUAGAGCAAGUCUUUACGGUGAUUGGUUACUUUUGAAUGCGGUUGUAUUAUACUCCAAUCAUUGAGGAGAGUGGCCGUGUUUUAAAGACUUUGUGAGAAAACGAAAACCAAAAUAAAUCACAUUAAAUUGCCAUUUCCCAUAUUUCGGUACGGAAUGGUAUACUGAGAAUAUUUUUAAAGUAAAAGGUCAUAAUAAGUGUUGUGUUUAAUUGUGGAGUGAAAUUUUUUUAGGAACCCAUUUAAUCGCUUAUUCACUAUACAUAUAGGCGAAUUGGAAUACAUAAGAAUAAUAAAAACAAACUGCAUUGUUAACCUGUUUAUCACCAUUGACGGAUAUCCAUGUACAAAUUGCGAGUACCGUAGUGGCGGUAAAUUUGAUUUUUCAAAUAGUUUUCUCUUAUCAUGUAGUUAUUGUUGUAUCUAAUAUAAGUUAUGGGUAGUCCUGAAGAAAACGUGGUCGCGUCUGAAAACGCUGAAGUUGAAACCGAAGGAACUGGGGACAUUUCAGAAAAUGAGAUUCUUGAUUCAACUGAAUCGUCAGCGAAUCUCAACGAGUCGGGCGGAUUUUCAUUAUGCGAUGCUAAUACAUCGAAAGAAGACGCCGCGGGAGCAAGUGCCUCAAAAAAAUCAAAGAAGAAGUUCCGUCAUGGGAAAAAAGGUCACCCGGCGAGUAAAGAUAAUGUAGACCGAAACGUAGUGCGAAGAGUACAUUACACAGGAGGUACAAAAUUCAAACAAGGCAGGAAAAGGACUCAAAGUUUCCCAUCAAUAUCAAAGUUUUUUCUUCCUCACAAAAGACCUCGUAAAGAAGCCUUCAUUCCUCCAACAAAGUUUCUUCUUGGCGGUAACAUAUCUGAUCCUCUGAAUUUGAAUAGUUUGCAAGAUGAAGAUAUCAACAGGGCAAUGAAUGCGGUAACGCCUGAAUCAUCUCCACUGCCAACGCCGCCUAGACACAAGGCGAAAAUAGAUGUUAUAAUUCCGCCUAACAUACGAGAUCCAUUAAAUCUAAUGGAGCCUCUGGAUAACGAUGAGUAUGAGAAACGGCUAGAGAUGCAGCAACGUAAACCUCGCAAGAAAGCAAGAUUACGACGGCGCACAACUGAUAACACUUCUCCAACAGUUGAAGUCGCUGAUGAAAAACCCGAGGGAAUCCAGGAGCCGCAGCCACCAGAACCAUCGACAUCAGCAUUGAAAGCAAGGAAAAGGUCAUGUAGUGACAGUGAUAACGCCUCACAGAAAGGGAAAGACGCUAAAAAGUUACGUAGGAUGGACUCUUUGGAUAAAAUAGUUAGUCCAGUGGUACCACAACCAGGGGCUUGGAUGAGAGCAAGGCCACAGCAACGUGCUGCACCACCGGAGCGGCCAGCAUCACCUCACCGUACUAAACUUAAAAAUAUGACUGAAGGAGAACAAAAACUUCCAACCUUCCAUCCAAAAAAUUCCCGCUAUCAGUAUGGUAAUUAUGACAGGUACUAUGGCUAUCGGAACUUGAACGCAAUGAUGGACAUCCGCCUGCAAGUGUUCGAGAUGCAUCGACAUCUGUUCCAAAACAAAGACGUGUUGGAUAUCGGAUGCAAUGUGGGUCACAUAUCCAUCGCGGUCGCACGGACCCUCGGUGCGCGCUCCGUCGUCGGAAUUGAUAUCGACCCUGUACUUAUUGGCCGGGCGAGAAAAAAUUUGCGGUCAUUCAUACCAGUGCCAACAGAUCCGCCAAAGACAGAGGAUGAUAAAAAACUAGAAGAUGAUGAUAAAAAACUCGACUGCGAUAAAUGUAAAGAGGAGAAGUGUGAUGACUGUUCCAUCGAUCAGAAAGCCGACAAAGGUGACGAUUCAAAAAAGGCUCUAUCUGGAAGAAAAUUAAGGAGGCCAAGGAAAAAUAGGAAGUCGAUCCACCGGCCUGAGCAAGUGCAAUGUUUUUUUCCCAUGUCGAUGUCCAUGUUGUAUGGAUCGCUAGGAGAGUCCACAGUGGAUAAUUUGCCUCCCGCGUUCCCGUACAACGUUACGUUUAAACAUGGAAACUAUGUGCCUCGUGAGGAUGUGGCGGUGGGGUCCGGUGCCGACAGUCCUCAGUUUGAUCUGAUUCUGUGCCUGUCGACCACGAAAUGGUUGCAUCUGAACUGGGGCGACGCCGGCCUCAAACGUGCCUUCCGUCGUAUGUUCGCCGACCUGCGUCCCGGCGGGAAACUCGUGCUUGAAGCGCAGAACUGGGCCAGCUAUAAGAAGAAGAAGCGUUUAACGCCGACAAUUUAUGAGAACUUCAAUUCAAUCGAGUUGUUCCCGAACAAAUUCCGCGAGUACUUGCUGUCGCCGGAGGUCGGAUUUAGCAAGUGCUGCAUACUGGGGGUGCCGCAGCACGCCAGCAAGGGGUUCCGGCGGCCCAUCCAGCUGUACGUGAAGGGCGACUUCACGCCGAGCAAGGCGCGCUGGUCCGACGCGUACGCGCCGUCCUCGCACCACCGGCCCGAAGCCGAGCCGCCGCGCCGCACCGUGUACGCGCCCGCCGCGCCCGCCUACCGCCCUAGCGACGACGCGCCCUCCUGCGGCGCCGCCACGCCCUACUCGCCCAACCUCGACUGCUGCGCCGACGACUCGCCCUUCUACAACCCGCGCAGCGACUCGUACGCGCCGUCGUACCAGCCGCCGCGGCCCACGGUGUACGCGACGCUGCCGUCGCCGCUGGGCAGCGCGUCGCCGGCCGCGUCGCCCGCCGCGUCCCCCGCGCCGCACGCGUCCCCCGCGCCGCCCGCGCCCGAGCCGCUGACGGCGCGCGGCUUCCCCGAGCCGCGCCUGCACGACGAGUGAGCGCCCGUCGUCUCCUUGUCUUGGACCUUCGCCGAACCAGUAAUCAGCGUGCUCCCGAUUUCGUUAUGAACGGUCCGUUUGUGUACUUUUUGAUUUCCACACUAGGUUUGUGAGCGGAGCGGGUUUGUGACCGCGACGCGUGGAUUCCAAAUAUUGUGAAUGAAAUAAUGUUAUGAGGGCGGUGGAGCCGCCGCACGUUUUGUUUUGUUAUUCUUAAGUAUCGAUAGAGUAUGAUUUCGGCCGAAACACCGACGUCGCAUAAUACAUAUAGCACAGUAUAGUCGCGAGAGCGCUGGCUGUAUGGAUGUGAUCUCGCGGGACACGCAGGUGCGGCACGUUGUCUCAUUCCUAGGUUUAGGUGUAAUGCCCUCCCGCCUUUUUUCUGUAAAUAUCGAAUUAGUGUCCAUAGGAUUAUGUUUCGAUAGGCUGAAAGUAUUUUAUAAUAUUAUACUCCCGCAUUAUUGUAA